AUGAUCCUCGAGGACCGUUACCGGGUGCAGGAGGUGAAGUUGGCCACCGCCCAGGCCCUCACGCUGGAGUGCACCGACAUGGCGCUCUGCAGGGUCGUGGAGCUGCGCCUGAUCAUGGAGGCCGAGGAGGCCCACGCGCACGUGGUGGAGCUCGGGGUGAUGGCGACGCUGGCCGACGUGCCGUGCGUGCCCGACGUGUACCACUUCACGAGGACUCGGGGCCCCGCCGUCGCCCUACCGUUCAGCAUCAUGGAGCUGCUGCAGGGGCAGACGCUGGCCGCCCGCUUUCAGGAGGCCCAGGACCCCGAGUCGGCGAGGCCCCUUUCCCCUGCGGAAGCCGCGGAGAUCUCCUUCGCCUUGCUGCGCGGCGUGGACGAGUGCCACCAGCGGAAGGUGCUGCACCUGGGGCUGCACCCCGAGACGGUGUGGAUAUCGCCAAGCCUGAGCAGGGCACCUGUGCGCAUUCUGGAUUGGCGGGGGGCGCAGAUUUUCAAGGGCAGCGGAGUGCUAUCCAAUCCAGAGUUCAUGGUGGCCCAGGAGGGGAAGUGGCGAGGCAAGAUGAACGCGUUGCCCAAGCUUGUGCGAGGGGACGUGGAGAUACCAGUCUCGGUUUUAUUGCAAAGUUCGAAGUCUCACGAGAAGCCCUUCCCGAAGCUGCGCGUUCAGAGCCACGGAUUGCCGCUGUAUUACAUGUCUGCGGAGCAGCUCAACAGUGUGAUCGUGGCUUACGAAAGGAGACGGAAGACGCAAAGCCACUUGUGGCAGCAUGGAGAUGGUCAAGCGAGCAGGCGGGACCCGCGGCCACGAUCAAGGACUCCGAGGUGCACUGGAUCGUGA